AUGCGCUCCUUUACCGUUACCGUCUCUGCUCUUUGGGUUGUAGCUGUUGCAACCCUCGUCCGUGCUACCGCGCCUGAUUCGUUGGCGCUUGCUGUUGUUAAACAGCAGUUCAUUAAUGCGCACAUCGUUCCUGAUGGACCACCGUCGUUUGACCCUUCCGCGCUGCUUGUAGUUGAUUUCACGUCCACCGUUGGAGUGAUCUCUGUUGGACAGCCUAUCGCUAGGGAUAACACUUCUCACCAACCUGUCAUCAAUGUCGAGACGUCCAACACUUUUGAGCUUGGCGCGUUCGUUAGUUCUUCUACAAAGUAUACUAUUUUGAUGGUAGACUUGAACUAUGUUGGAUCGAGCAAUCCUAAUGGCUACAACGUUCACUGGCUCUCGAACGAUGUUGAGAUCAAUCUUCUAGAAAUCGGUAGUAACGGCACCUUGACUAGCUCUGGAAAUGCUACUAUUCUCCCUACGCCGGACCCUACCCUGCUUCUGGAAGUGGUCCUCAUCGGUACACUCUCCUGUUGUACCCUCAACCAGCUACGUUCGUGGCCCUUCGACCCCCAAACCCAACACUGGUGUCCAACUGUUCAAGUAGGCUACCUUCUGAUUUUUUUUUCUCUAUCCCGGUCUCGUCCUUUAACUCUAAACCUUUUCUUUUUCUUUUUUAGUUUGACGCGCUACGUUAGCGAAGCCGGCUUGAGUUCUCCAAUUGCCGGUUCUUAUUUCACUGUGGAAGUCGGUACCGCUACCGUUACCCCGCUCUCUACUUCGCCCGUCGACACUAAGACUCUCACGUCUACUUUACCGGGAACGAAGCCUGUCUCGAGCGCCUCGACCACCAGCACCAAGUCUAAGGGUGCAGCACACAAGAGCACUGCCGUGAGCUUCGUUGGUGCCAUUUCUGGCUUCCUUUUUGCUGUGUUCAUGAUGAUGUGA